GCCCGUGGCCACGUCCCGCCCAGGAACAGGGUGUGGGUGCCGGCCCUGCGGCCGGGCUGCCCCGGCCCUGUCCCCGGGGACAGCUCCUCCUCGUCCCGAGGGGCUGUGGGUGCUGGGAGAGAGGCUGUUUUCCCCGGCGGAAGGACGUGGAGGGGCUCUACAACAACCGUGAGCGGAUUUACAGCAUCCCUAUCCCAGAAGAACAAAACUAACUGGAGGGAAAGGAAAUCUGUCAAAGAUAGAUAGACCAAGGAGCCCAUGGCACCUUUGCAGAUUAUUCCAACCAUGCACAGUGGGAAGAGCUCAGAGAUUUCCUGGCUAAAAAACAUGACACAUCUGAGACCUGUGAGAGAACCUGAUCAGCCACGGCCCUGGCGGGUAACACCUGACCAAAGCCGAGACAUCCUUGCUUCUGUUCAGUGCAUCUUGGACAGAGAAAAUUGUUUUGUGAGGGAGGUGGACAGAUACCUGAGGCACAAUGAUUUCCUAAACCUGAGGAAGAAGGAGAUUGUGUACAAGGAAUGGCUUAAGGAUGUUUUAGAGCCAGUGCUGCAGAAAAUCGAGGACAAAAUGAGCAGCCAGUCAAUUGAAGAAAUGCAGAAAAGGAAACAAGAACAAUUAUCUCAGUAUUUAAACUACUGUAAAAAGAAGGGCUACGUGUUUUUGGACCAUUUUGACCCAUCAGAGUACGAUCCAUUCUCCCAGAAGAUGUGCACAGACUGCUGGAAGGAUGGAAGUCAUCAAUCACCACAAUGACAGCAAGAGCCAAUGAUGUCACCUGUCCCCUGGCUGACCAGAGCAGCAAGCACAGCCAGCAGAAGGCACCCUUUGUAAAACAGGUUACAUCUGCUGCCAAAGCAAGUCAUAACAGCCCAAGUCUUCUGGCAAACUGCAAUAAACUUAUUAUCUUGAUCGUGGUUCUGGAGUGGUGUUACCCAGCAGCCAAAGAAACGUUUGGGAUGCUGCUCCAAUUCUUGCCAGCUCCAGUUCAUGCUCUAAAUGCCAAAAUCCGCUGUUUUAGGAGAUUUAACUUAGGCUCAGCUCAACAAAGAUUGUGCUGGUGUUCUCUCCUGAACACAGUGUACAAGCAGUAAAUCAAACUUUUAACAUACAUAUAUGGUGUUCUGAGGAAGCAGGAAAUGAGUAGGGGAGAGGAGAUGGGAAGUGCUUUUCAGAGUCUGUGCUGAGCAGCAGCUGAGCCAGUGCCCCACAGACC